CAAAUCCCGUGUAGUUGAAUUGUGGACUGCUACAUUCAACAACCGGCAGGCUUUUCGUCUGGAAAACAGGUUCACUGAAUACUUGAUGGAUUUUCCUGUAUUCUCAGCAUACAACGGAGAGCUGAUCUCCAUCGAUUACCACAAGAUGAAGCCCUCAGCCGCAUCUUUCUGUCAUAAUUGGGAACAAAUCGAAGCAAACAUUUUGAAGCAGAAUAGUCAUCUCUACAAGGAAAUCAAAGCAGAUUUUAUUCGAGCGCUGUCAAUCAUCCGAUUGAAAAAUCCAUCCAGAGGAUCCAAAAGGAAGCAAGACAAUUCCAGAAAGGAAAACCCACUAUCUGGUAUCGUUGAAUGGAUUAAGAUGGAAGAUGACCCACCCAUGACAGAAUCGGUGGCACCGGUUUUGUACGUAAGGGGGGAGCAGCUGCAAAUGAGCCAAGAUUGUUUCCUUAAGUGGCAUGACUGGAUUAUUCCUGUAGCGCUGGACGUGAAGUGCGCGUUUGAGUUGCUAGUGAUGUCGCUUAUGGUAUUCAAUGUCCCGCCUUCACCGACAGACAAACAGUUCUAUCUGUUUAUCAACGGAGCAAUAUGCCAAACGGAAACAUUGAGUACCACCGGAGCAAAAUUCCUGCACUCACUCAACUAAAUGGCUUUGCAUUGCUGCAACCUGAUAAU